AUGAAUCCAGAAUACGAUUACCUCUUCAAGCUCCUCCUUAUUGGAGACUCCGGUGUUGGAAAGUCCUGUUUGUUGCUUCGAUUUGCCGAUGAUACAUACACCGAAAGCUACAUUUCUACGAUCGGUGUCGACUUCAAAAUCCGCACUAUUGAAUUAGAUGGAAAGACUGUCAAGUUGCAAAUCUGGGAUACUGCCGGUCAGGAACGAUUCCGAACAAUCACAUCUUCUUACUACCGAGGAGCGCACGGCAUCUGCGUGGUCUACGAUGUGACCGACAUGGACUCUUUCAACAACGUCAAGCAGUGGUUGCAGGAAAUUGAUCGCUAUGCCACUGAGGGUGUCAACAAGCUGUUGGUCGGCAACAAGAGCGAUAUGGAGGACAAGAAGGUCGUCGAAUACACUGUGGCUAAGGAAUUUGCGGACAGCUUGGGAAUCCCAUUCUUGGAAACUUCCGCCAAGAGCGCAUCCAACGUCGAACAAGCAUUCUUGACCAUGGCCAGACAGAUUAAGGAGCGUAUGGGUACUGCUACCGUCAACAACAAGCCUACCGUGCAGGUCGGUCAGGGUCAAGGCGUUCAAUCUGGCUCCGCGGGCGGUUGCUGUUAA